ACACUUUCUCCUGGUGUUGGAAGUUUCCCUGUGGUUGUUAUGGUAACCUGGACGGGGAAUGAUAUCAACCAAACACUGAGCAACACCACGUCAGUGACGUUGUAUGAUUGUCGUGACUUGGCCAGUGGAUAUUUGGAAUGUAUUGCAGUCAGAAUGGGGUCAGAGUUCGCAUGUGGGUGGUGUGGAGGUAGUUGUGAGGUGAUGCAAGAGUGCUCCAAUACUUUCAUUACUGAGGGGAUAAAUCCUCCUGCCCCUGUCAUCAACUCAUUCACUCCAAUGUCGGGACCAGUUGAGGGUGGUACAGCAAUCACUUUGAGGGGUACUGACUUCGGAGGAACUUUUAUCGACGUUCAGAACUCCAUUCUUACAUUAGGAGGCGUGGCCUGCACUCCCCUCAUCACUGGUUACAUACCAUGGCACCAGUUUGUCUGUGAGACCACACAUUUUUUAACAGAAGGGUCAAAAGACUUCUCUCUGACCAUUGACUCUAGAGUAGCCAUUGUAAACGGUGGCUCCUUCACUACGGUGGAUCCUACUGUCAGCAGUGUGACUCCGACCUUUGGACCCAUGGCCGGGGGAACUAAAGUAGUUGUGAGGGGGUCUGCACUGAACGUGGGUAACCAGGAGGACACUAGAGUCUCUCUAGAGGUCAGCGAGUCAAACUACGUCUGCAAAAUAUCGUGAG